AGCAACGUUAAAGGUGCAGGUAGUUGAUGCCGGCUGCUAGUCAGGGGAAGAUCCUCCUGCUCGCUGCGGUCAAGACGGGCUCGCGGACGGACGUGGGCAAGGUCUUCUUCUCGUACUACUCGGCGCAUGGCAUGAACAAGGUCCUGUUUCGGAGACUCCCGGGCUCACAGCGCCUUGUCUCGCGAUAUGAUCCGGACAGGCCCUUUGCGGCCAAGAACCCAAUGACCAACACAGACAUCCUUGGUGAGGUCGAGUACUAUGCCGUCGGCUUUUCAGAUCGCGACGAGGUUAUGGCCGCCUCGGGCUCCCGUCCGCGCUCCGGGAGCGGUGGCAGCCGUGAGAGUGGCGGCGGCGGCGACGAGGGCGGCGGCGGCGGUGAGGACGACGGCGGUGGCGGUGAGAGCGGCGGCGGCGGCGAGAGCGGCGGCGGCGACGAGGGCACGAGCAGGCGGUCAAGGACGUCGCUGAAGACGUACGGACCUGAUGAGGACAUUCCCGCGGUGUUUUUGGGCACAGACUACCACUAUGUCCAUGAUCGGCGUUUGCGUGCGCUGUUCCGCGCCAACGCGCUCGAGGCCGACGAUGCCGAAGUCAUGCUGGACACGCGUGGUAUGCCGCGGCAGGGCGGUGGGCUAACAGUGGCGGACGCGGAGCUCGAGGCGCAAGUAGGCGAGAUGAUUGCGCGCAUUGUGCGUGCGAGCGAGGGCGCGCAGGGAACGCGGCUGGUCCAUGUUGCCUACGCGCGGGCGCUGCUGUACGGCAUGCUCACGCUCGCAUAUCUCAUUGUUGUCUCGCUUGUCAUCCAGCAUGGGAUGGAGACCGUCAUCUCGUCGUCGGUCCUUGUCCCAGACCUCUCGUGGUACUGGACGGCAUUGCCGUUUAUGUCGUUUCUCGCCGACCGCUACACGGUGGCACUCUUUGACGUCCGCGAACGAACGCUGUGUGUCCUCGCCAAGCUCGCACUCUGGGUCGUGUACAUCUUUCUGCCCAUUGCCGUCUACUCUGACGCGGCGCGCAAGUACCUGCUCAUGCGCGGUGUGCUGGACAUCCUCUUCCCCAUCGGCGCCGUCGUCUACACCUUUGGCCUCUACGUCUACCUCUCGGCGUGGACGAGCCUGACGUGA